AUGAACAGCACCUUGCUAUCCAAAGCCGAAAAAUCAUACAUCCAAGCCGGACUGCAAUCCACGCCUCCCUCGCGCGGAGACGGGCGGGGGCUGGCGGACUACCGCGCGAUCGCACUCGAGACGGGCGUCGCGCCGCUGGCGAACGGGAGCGCGCGCGUGAGCAUCGGGCGCAGCCCGCACGACGGGGCGGGCGGCACGGAGGUGCUCGCUGCUUCCAAACUCGAGGUGGAGAGUGUCGAGCCGGGCAGUGCGGGUGUUGAAGGUGGGCGGGUGUCGUGUUCUGUUACCUGCUCUCCAGCCGCAUACCCGCACCUCACCUCCUCCGCACUCGACGACCUCCAACACGACCUGACCGCGCUCCUGCACGAGUCCCUCUCCCACCCGUCUCUCCACCCACGUAACCUCGGCAUUCUACGCGGGACAAAGCAUGCCAAGGCAUGGGUGCUGCACCUGGACGCCGUCGUGCUCGUCGACUCGGGGAACGUGUGCGAUGCGCUUUUCAUGGCUGCGCGCGCGGCGCUGUGCGAUACGCGGGUGCCGCGCACGCGGAGCGUUGAGUAUAAAGCGCGUAGGAAUGCCGGAGCUGCUGCUGCUGGUGGUGGUGGUGGUGUGGUAGGGGCAAGUGCGGCAGCGAAAGGACAGGGCGAUAUGGAUGUGGAUGAGGAGGCGGUGAGCGGGUUCGACACGCGGCAGAUCCAGAGCGCGACGGACUUUGAGCUGCCCGACUACUGGGACGAAGGCGAGCCGCUCGACGGGCGCGAUCGCUGGCCCAUCUGCGUCACUCUGAACGUCGUAUCAAACGUCCACUUCCUAGACGCAAGCACACAAGAAGAAUCCGCUACACCCCUCCGCCUUCUCCUCCUCUUCGCAUUUGAAUCCACACAGUCCGUCAAACUCCAGGGCAUGCGCACGCUAGGCAGCAGCGAACUCACAUCGUCCCAGCUCGCCGAUCUUCUCAAGGCAGGUGAAAAAUAUGCACGCGAGAUUUGGCAAUCCCUCAAUGCAAAAUUAACCGAAGAAUCCCUCGCCAAAAUAAAAGAGCGGAACAAGUUCUAA